UAAAACAUGCAAAUAUGCACGUCUCGGCAACGAAAGCACAGGAACGUGGCUUUCAUUUGUGGUAGAAAUGUUAGGUAGGUAGUGUGGAAUUUUACGCAUUUCGAUUUCCAAGGCUUUCGUUGCGACCUUGGAUGCCCUCGGUAGACUGGGCACCAGACGUCAUAUAAGAGGGCCUUGAGUGCUCAUGCGCGAAAGCAAAACAAGUCUCGCGAUGAACCACAAAAUGCUCACUUAAAAAGAUGGAGUGACAUGGUCUUUGAACUCUUCCAAAUUCAGCACAAACAUGAGUUACCCCUUUAAACGCACCAAUCUUUGAACACACGUGCAGUCCAGUGAAGUCCUUGCUCACAGAGCCGGGCAGGAGACAAGAAAAGAGGGCGAAAGAAGAACAGGCAUCAAAAGCAACACAGAGAAGAUUCAGCAAGGUAUCGGCAAAACUUACUCACAAGGGCAUUCAACACUAAACCGAACACUGUCAGUGGGAAUUCUUUGCUUGUUUGAGCAGGAAAACUUAUCGAAAAUGCUGGCUUAAUACUGGGAAUGCAAAUUUGGUUGCAAUCUUGCCGAUAUAUCGGGUGAAAUGGAGACUGAAGUUAGAGAAACGGCAAUGCCUACGAUGCCAGCUAACAUCACCAACAAGCUACAGCGCUGGGUAAGAAGGGCUUCAUCAGUAAUGGAACGAGAAAAAACCUCUCGACCAACAACAGAACAACAGAAUUCCAUAACAAGGAAGGGUAUUGCAGUGGAAGCUAAGAUUACCCCGGUUCACGGACGAUCAAGAAGUUCGCCUGUGAGCAUGGACUUUGUUGAACAGCCAAGAAGAAAGCUAAGUUUAAUUUCAUUCCAGAAGAACAAACCAACCAAUGAUGGAAUGGGCUUGGAUAUGUCUGUUCAGAGCGGAAGUCUUGAUGAUUUGAGUUCAGUUCUGAAUUCUAAUUUACGGAAAAAGUGCAGUCAAUCCGCGAAUAGCUUGAGUGAUGUGUCCUGGAAUGGCGAAAUGGAGUCACCUCGUAGGGUGAGAAGGACAAGUAGUGAAGACACACCAGAAAGUUACGGUAGCUACGACAGUUCAGAGCUAGAUUUUAACAGCAACGAAAAUAAGGACAGAACUCGAAACAAAAACAAACAAUCAAAAGGGAACAAACCAUUCCAAGAAGAAUCUCGACCAAGAGGCACGGAUGUUACAUCAAAGGACGUUCACUCGAGGCUUGAUAAAUGGGUUGAUCGGUCUUCUAAAUUCUUACGAGUGAAGCAGGACAGUUUUGACUCUACCAGUUCGAUCGCUUCGUGCUCAAGCGAUGGCGAGUACGGAUCGCCAGUGUUUUGCUACGAAAAUCACAGACCCGCGCCGAAGGAAGCGAGAGAAUUAAAAGAACUCCAAACCGCUUUACGGGAACUGGUAACCAAUUGUGGUACAGUACCUAAGAGUAAAAAAACACAGCAUCGUAAAACGAAAAACAGUAAUAUAACGAGAAAACGGAGCUGUUCUUUGCAGGAAUCGCCGGAUUUAUGGAAAAGACUAAAUAGGCAGGCAGCGAAAAACGAAUACGAAGAGAAUGAAUUAAAAAGGAUCGUAUCGGAAGGGAACAUUUGUCCGAAUGAACAUGGAUCGUUUCAGGGCUCGGCAUUCGGAAGUAUGGGAGAUUAUGCGGAUGGAAAAACUCGUGAUGAGGGGAUUAGAAAUUACAAUGAAAGUAUUCCUAACAAUGGACACAAAUCACAAAAUUCACGUCAACGAAGAAUUAAUGAGGAAGAGAAAGUAUUCGCCACGCAAACGCUCGAUGUGAGUUCACGUCCGCUUGGGCAAGUGGCUGCCAUCAGGGACGAAGAAGAAGCUGACGAUGAUAAAAUAGGGAUGGAGAAUGAAAGCGUCGAGAAAAAGAAAAGCCCAGAAGCUAAACAAACCAAGCCGUCAUCUCCUUUGCUAUCCGGGAGACUAGAAACAAAGGAGGAAGAGAGAAACCUUAAAAGAGGCAUGCGAGCAUGUCUAGAUUUUAAUGAUGCGGAUUUGUCUGCGUUUGCGGCUGAAUGCAUAAAGACCGCAGCGAAGAAAAAGAUGUCGAAAGACAAAAAAGCGGACGAGGCUGAGAAUGAGCACUCGAGGGAUGGACUCGAUGGUCGGUCGUCGCUAGAAAGGGAGGGAAAAGUCGAGUCUAAAUGGUCCAGCCAGUCUUCCAUCUUGACGAACUCCUCGGAGGAAAAAACUAAUAACGAUAAACUCGAACUUUCCGAUGAGGACUACAAACUCAUGCGAGCCAGCUUAGAAGAAGAAUUCUCCAGCGAAAACAAAGAGUCGAGGAAAAAAGCAAUGUCAACGGAGAGUCUAGACGUUAUGACGUCAUUCGAAGAUGGCGCGGUCCUUGUUGAGGCCGAGUCCCCCAAAGACUUUGAAGAUAACGAGGAAUAUCAGAACUUGGAGCAAAAAGAAAGCUCCGGACUUCGUAAAUUUCCAUCAAUGCCACUUUUUUACGUCCCAAAGGAGGAAUACGACUCUAGUGUCAAACGGAAUAAAUCAAUGAGGAAAUCGAUAUGGCAGAAAAUUAAGAAACACUCGCCGAGUACGGAAAACAUUAGUAAGCUAGGGCGACCAAAGCGCACCGCGACCCCACAAAAACUCGACCCGUUUUACCACGCAGAGCCAUAUAUGGAUGACUUACCCCCCGUGGUGAGACCUAAGGCGCACAGUACUUCAGGUAUCAGAACAGUCAAAGUGAAUAACAACACAUCAGAUAUCAAAACGGCUAAAGUGAAUGACAGCCAAUCAGAAGCAACGACGGCUAGAGUGAUUGACAGUGCACAGGUAGCCCAAAGUCGCGAUGAUAUGGGUAAUACUAAAUCGAACCCAGUAACGAUGAGACCUGCGCUAGAGACAAGACGCUCUGUCCCGCUGUGGAAGACUUCUAUACGAGGCAACGCCAAGGGCGACAAGGAGGUGGUAUAUACAGAGCCAGUCCAGCUUGUACAGCCACAGGGAAUGGUCGAGGAACUCAUUUAGUUACAGGGAAUGGUCGAGGAACUCAUUUAGUUACAGGGAAUGGUCGAGGAACUCAUUUAGUUACAGGGAAUGGUCGAGGAACUCAUUUAGUUACAGGGAAUGGUCGAGGAAGUCAUUUAGUUACAGGGAAUGGUCGAGGAAGUCAUUUAGUUACAGGGAAUGGUCGAGGAAGUCAUUUAGUUACAGGGAAUGGUCGAGGAACUCAUUUAGUUACAGGGAAUGGUCGAGGAACUCAUUUAGUUACAGGGAAUGGUCGAGGAAGUCAUUUAGUUACAGGGAAUGGUCGAGGAAGUCAUUUAGUUACAGGGAAUGGUCGAGGAACUCAUUUAGUUACAGGGAAUGCUUAAAUCCAGAUAGAAAUUUGUAAACACAUCAAACACUAGGUAAACACUAGGGAAAUAUGGUCGAGGACCUGAGAUAACUACAGGAAAUGCUUAAAAGAAUCAUUUAACUACAAAAAUGGUCGAAGAAAACAUCUAGUAGGAACUAUAGCGAUUCAACAAUACACUGCAAUGUAAAAACUAAAUAGAUCAGAUUUUUAACACAACCUAAAUUUAGGUAGGAAGAAAAUACAAAAUGCAAGACAAUAAACAGUUCAAUGCACACAAAAACAUUUGUACAAAAAAACGCGAUACACAAUAUAUAUAUAUAUUUUUUUUCAGCAAAGUCCUGGCAAAGAGUCACGUGUUAGAACACGUGACCCUCCAGGCUAGGUUACUCAGAUUUCUUUUUGGAAAUGAUUAGUAUGCUGCAUUUGCCAAGCAAAUUGAAAAAACAUUGCAUUGUACAAAUGUAUUGUUUACAAAGUGAUGACACAUACACCGACACAUUUCUAGUUAGGUAUGGACUAUAGCGAAUAUAUUUUAGUAACGACAAUAAAAUAAAUAUUAAGACAAUUA